CCGAAACCCUAAAUUUAAGGUCAGUAGGCCUAUCGCAGUGUUUACACAUCAAAAGUAGUUCAUGUUUGGCAGUGAAUAAGCGUUUGUGUUACUUAAAAAAAAAGUCACCGGAGGUUGUCCUGACAGGAACAUUUCGUGGUACCAAACCACCGGAGAAAAAAAGUGGAGCGGCUUCCUGUCGGGCCACUAGGGUUGUGUUGCAGUUUCCUUCCCACACAAGCAUGGCGGCAGAUAGCAGGAAGCACGUUUUUAAGAUGUUGUCCCGGUUCGGGGCGAUUAUUCUGACCCGUUUCGGGUUCUGGAACUGUUUCAGCAUGUUAAUGCUGUUCGCCGAGCGGGCCGACAUCAAAAGGAAGCCCGAUAUUCAAGCUCCUUACCUGUACAUCGACAUGGGGGUUGCAGUGCUGUGUGCGAGCUUCAUGUCCUUCGGUGUGAAGCGGAGAUGGUUUGCUUUGGUUGCGGCGCUGCAAUUGGCAAUCGGCACUUACGCUUCUUACGCAGGGAGGCAGGUGCAUUACGGAGACUGGCUAAAGGUACGGAUGUACUCUAGAGCCCUCGCCAUUACUGGCGCGUUUCUGGUUCUGGCGAGCGGGGCGGGGGAGAUGUACAGACAGAAACCACGAACCAGAUCGCUACAGUCCACAGGACAGGUCGUCCUGGGAAUAUAUUUGAUUUGCGUGGCAUAUUCCCUCCAGCACAGCCCAGAGGACCGGCUAGCAUUCCUGAAUCACAUUCCCGGGGGAGAGAUCCCACUGCAGCUGCUCUCCGUGCUGUACGGGGUGCUGGCUCUCUCCUUCUUCUCAGGCUACUACGUCCGCAGUGCCGCCCAGAUCCUCGCCAUCCUCAUGCCCCUGGUCAUCCUCUUCAUCGACGGAAACCUGGGCUACUGGCACCUGGGCCACCGCGUGGAGUUCUGGAACCAGCUGAAGCUGGUGGGGCAGAACGUGGGCAUCUUUGGGGCCGUUCUCAUCCUGGCCACUGAUGGCUGAGCCUGGCUUGCUUUCACAGUCUCAUUCAAGGAACGGUGGGGGGAAAAAGCGAACGUGAACUUGUUUUACAAUCAACACUUUACCAAGAGUUUAAUUAAACGCAGUCAGCUCAGAAAAAAAAAGGGCAGGAGGGGGACGACAUCACAUGAUCAAAAAUAAAAACUGAAAACGCAGAGCACUACCCAUGUAUGUAUGUAUGUAUGUAUGGCAACUGACCAUUACAUGCUCACCUGUAUUGAAUGCAAUAUUGUCACAUUAGUUGAACUAUCACUACAAUAUUCCUGUGCACUUGCAGAUUUGAUUGAGGGGUAGAGCCAAUAAUACAUUUAUAUUGGUCAUUCAUAUAGGCCUGCAUGCCUUUUUCUUGACUGAAAAACUAUAUUGUGUGUCAGUAUAGUUUGCACAGUGAUGCAUUCUGCAGCUAAAACUUUGCACAAGAAUAUAACUUUUUUCCCCUUGAUUUUUUUUUUCCAUCUUUGUCAUUUAUUUCAACAUCUGACACUUAAUAAACUUGUGCUAAAGCACAUCCUUAGCAAGUUUUAGCACAGCUGGAUAGGUGGGCUCUAGAUACAUGUAAAAACUUGUGUACAGCCAGCCUCCAUAAAACCCCCAGAUUAUGAUACACUAAAUAGCUGGGGUUACCAGAUUAUUGUGGUAUGUAUUAUUGUUUGAGCUCCUGCACAAACACCAGAUCUGAUUGAGAUCAGUCGAUUUAAUGGGACAUUAUCAAGCAAAAAUCAUCCCAACAGGCAGAGUAGCUCCGGAUCAAGCACUUUAAUGGACGUUACAUGUUGUAGCCGCUAGAGGGCGCUAAAAAGCUGUUUUGAAAUAAUAGUAAAAAAUACUUUAAUAGUAACACAGGUUUAGGGGUAGGGGGUAGAUUUGGGAGUUAGGCUACUAGGUACCUACUGGCCCAUUCCUAUGGGAUGAUUUUUGCUUGAUAACGUCCCAUUCAAUCGACUGAUCUCAAUCAGAUCGGCUGUAAAUGUAUAUACAAAAUCAGUACGUCAAAUAAUUGUUUUUGUUACCGUGUGUGUGUGUGUGUGUAUAUAUAUAUAUACUUCAAUAAUAAGAACGAGACGUUUACAUUGGUUGUUUCUGAGUAGCCUACAGAGCACUGCCCCUUUCAAAAUAAAAACAAACAAAAAAAACAGAGAUUUGAAAAGUCAAAUCCAGGAGACACCGUGUCCAAGAAGCGGGGCGUCACAAAGAGCCGAAUCAAGACUAUAACACAGGUAAACCUCUCGUUUUAUCUAAUUUGCAGGAGAAAAAAAAACAUGUUCAACGGCAGUCUAAAGUAUUUUGUUUAGCAAUAUUUAGUUUUAGAGAAAGUGGGUAUUUAUUUUCAAUAGACUACUUGGGUGCACUACAUUGUAUGAAAAAAAGUUUCAAGAAAAAAAUUUAAGUAUUAAUUAAUAUUUAAUGAAGAUGCAAGCUCACUUUUUUGUUUCUGAAAAAAAUAAAUUAACAAACGAUGUAUGUAAACCGAGUGUUUACAGAAAUACACGAUCUGUGUUCAUUUACAUUCUCGUUCAGCUACAAAAUACAAAUCUCCUAUAUUCCUGCAGAGCUGCACGUAAACGCCGCGUGCGUACACAACAAAGAAUUUACAGAUACUCGCAUAUUUGUAUUUUCACUGCAUAAGUGCCUAACCAAAUGUGGUUUUUACAUCCAUUUCCGAGAUUUCACUGACUUUUGUAGAUUUUCACGAUUUCCGUGACAAAAUCGUACUCUUAACAAUCAACAUUCGUGUUAUAUUUUAAUGGCUACUGCAUACGAGGCGUUAGAAACGCAACAUACCUGCUUCGUUGAUCCUCGAUUUACCGCAGCCGGUUGUGCCAGCUGCUCCACGGCUGUGUAGGUCUUGAGUUGUCUCUUUCAUCUCUCUUAAUCGAACAGAUGUGUGCUAACGCUGAACCUGUACUGCUCUGCAGCGUGAGGACAUAAUAUAAUCCCGUGGAUAAGAACAUGUAAUGAGGGUAGAGCUUCUCUGGUCUCACCGCACGCAAUUGCAACUUUCCAAAUUCCAUCUCUCUCUCUCUCUAAUGCUAUCACAUUUAAAUGCAUUAUAAGCAUGCAUGUAUCAUAGAUGUAGGUGAAAUAUGUUUCAAUAAUAUAUUAGACCCCAGAUUUAAUAUACCAAAUGUUUCAUAUACAAAAAUUAAAGGCGCCAGUAAUACUGUAUUGGCUCACAACCUGAGGUACAAAAAAACCGGGACUCCGAAUGGAAAGAAACCCUGGAUCAAUCCAAUACGAAACACUAUUAAGACGGCACUGGAUUAUUGCGCGUCUACUGCACUAAUAUCGUAAACUGAUUUAUCUAAUUUGCGCUCAAUUUAUGGUGCUGGCAUUUAGUGUCCCGGGAAGGCAUUGUUGAAUUCCCGGGACACCUUCCUCAAAACCGGGACGCUCCAGGGAAAACAGGGACAGGUGGCGACACUAGCUGUGUAAGCAUUCACUUUGGUGUAAAUUAAAAACAAUAGGCUGGAUUUAGGGAGGUAAACAUCAGAUGAGGUUGGUUAUUAUUUCUGUUAUUUAAUGUGUUUGAAACAAAGUCGCCAUUGCCUUUACUGGAUCUAUACCUAAAGUGUAUUUGCAUAAAUUAACUUAUUUAUUGUCAUUCAUAUUCCUCACCUCCAUUCAAUAUCCUAAAAAAUACUAAUAUUGCCAUCUCCUUUUCACAUCACCCAAAUACAGUCAGACAUCAAAUGGCAAAUAUCUUGUUGGCAUAGUUUACAACUUUAUUUGUAUAUCCAUCAAUUAGUUUCAGUCUAAUAAUUUCACCACAGAAAUAGAAAAUUGUUUUUUUUUUUUCUUUUUCUUUCUUUAAAGUUGCUUUAAAUGAAAUCAGCAUUUCAUGACCAUGAAUUGGAUAUUUCAGCGUCUUUUAAAAUCUGGGAUUUAGUCAAACGAUUUAUAAUCUGCUGUGUUUAUCACAUUAACAGCACAAACCCAUUUGGCUGGAUUGCAAUUUUUGAAGUCUAAAAUGCUUUAACCUCUUCAUACCGCGUGUAUUACUGUAGGCAUAGACCUCACGUUAAGCAUCAAGACUCCAGAUUUGCACAAACGACAGAUGAACUUCAUACAGUUUAAAAUUAUUUAAAAGAGUUAACAGUCUGGAUUUAAAAAAAAAAAAAAAAGUUAGAUGAUAUUAAAAUAAAU